UCAUUGCGACGCGAGAGGACAAGUAGAAACAACCAUCAUGCGCCCCAAGGCUACUACGAACAACUAUGUUAGCGCAGAAUACGUGCCUAAGCUUCUGCUACCUAGUCAAGAACCAGCGACUGUGCAAUCUUUAGGCAUCCGCUUUGAUCAGAAGAGCCAUGAGAGACCAUUUCAGAAAGCCGUAAUAAUCGAUAUUUAUGAUGGUUACCUCAAUCUGGGGGACCAGAUUAUCAUUCGUCUUGGUGAUCGAAGACUCGGUGCAAAGGGCACUCGUGCGCAGACAUUUGUUGAGUCGCGAUUUAAAUGGCGGUUCUAUAUUGAUCCCGUUGGGACGUCCGACGGGUACUAUCGCAUCGCAGCAAUCGACCUCACAGUGCUGCACAAUCUUGAUACCCCCAAAGUCCUCUUCGGAGACCUUCACGUCCAUUCUGAUGGCACAGUUGGCACAGGGUCCUCAGUCCACAAUUUCCCUUACGGACGUGAAAUCGCUGGCCUGGAUGUCCUAGGCUACACAGCAAACGACUUCCAAAUCACCAAAGAUCCCGCUGGGGGCGGCCACAACGUUGUCUUCCUGGAGGACCCAGCAACCCACCCCCCUGAAUUUCAAUUUGACUGCCAUGGUAAUGUGGCUAGGUCUUUUGAAGGACUCGAGAAUGGACCCAAGGAUCUCGUUCCUGGUGCUUGGCUGCUCGAUGAAGUGUACGCUACGUAUGCGCAUGCAGCGGACAGUCAUCUUCUGACCCCGCAUAAAUUGGCAGUACUUGGGAUCAAUUCAAGUGACUGCUUCGAGACACCGUCCGAGGGGGUUGGAAGUUGGGUGUUUGCUAAUUCUGACGAGCACCGUGGAAGAUGUGGCGGGGGUGUUCCUGGAACCGCUGUGUUUGGUACCCGGGGAGGGCUUACGGGGAUCUUGUCUUCGAGGCUCGAUAGAAAAAAUUUUGCACAAGCUUUGCGGGAGAGACAUACCUUUGUUACUACAGGACAGUGUUUAGUUGGAUUGGUCUUAACGAAGAAUGGCACUGCAAUCCAGGGAGAUGAGAUUGAGCAUCUUGCCAACGAGCCGUUGGGAUUAGUUAAUCACUUCCUGGGUGAUAUAGGUUUCUCCUCAAUUGAAGCCUUCGAUGCUUCAGGUCAGAUCUGGCAGCGUCGGCUCUUGUCUGAAACAGACAAGGCACCCACACUUUUUAGAGUGGCCUGGGGCGGAGCCAGAUUGUCCGACCGCUACUGCGAAGCUAUCUGGACUGGCACGGUCGAAACGCAAAGCGCCAUUACCAGAGUGGUACCAUUUGGUGGUCUGGAAGAUAACCCCGAAGAUCAAGCGGUACAGAAAGACGCCCAAACUAUUUGCUUCCACAGCCAUACCAGCGGAGACGUGGAUGGUGUACAUGUAUACUUCGAUCCAACAGCCCUACCAUCCCAAACCUCGAUCAGAGGUACCAUCGGCGGCUAUGUCAAAGUUGGUGAUGCUUUGACUGGAAAUCCGCAUAAACCACAGCCAAACUUCCAGCUUGAAGCAUCGUGGGAUGAGGUCGUCCCACCUGGUGGGAAGUCGAUUGGGAUGCUGGGCGGGUGCGAGUUGUUCGUUCGUGUGAAAGCUAUUCCAGAGAUCUCUCUUCCACGGAGAAUUCAGUGAAGUACUUCAUUUAUUACAGAGCGUGAUGAGGAGCGUGCUAUCUAUUUUGGGCGGGAAUGGAGUGGAGAAAAAGUUGUG